GCCAGGGGGGCUUCAGGACGUUGGAUGUGCCGCAGGCAGCUCCCUGGGAGUCCCCCCAACCGCGAUCGCCGGCAACCGGGUAAGUACAAAAAAAACGGAGGGCGUACUAUUACGCCCGGCGGCGUUUAGAGCCGCUUAAAAUAGGACGUAAUAGUACGCCCUCCUGCGUUAAGGGGUUAAGCAUGCGUGGGAUAUGCAUAAGGCUAUCCAACCUAUAAGAUAAGGUUAGGGACUAAUGAAAGUAUUUAGAAAAUUGGGCAGACUAGAUGGGCCGAAUGGUCAUUAUCUGCUGUCACAUUCUAAGUUUGUAUGUUAACAGCAUUUGAUUGAAGAGCAGAGUUUGACUUUGUUCCGUAGACAGAAGCACCCCUAGUGUCUAUCAGGAAGACAGGCACUAGAGGUGUAUAUUGUAAACACUGUCUUUUCUACAUAAAAAAAUAAAAUGUCAGCUAUAGAUUAGGAAUUUGCAUCACUUGCCAGAGAACGGUUUAAUAUACCACUGAUGCACUCCGUAUUGCUUGCUGGAAAAUAUCCAAUUAUUAUUUUAUAUAUACUUCGAGACACUUGCAACAUUAGACUCUAUACACCAGCAAUACAAUGUAUUUGUCUGCAACAAUUGCUGACAUGAUAUCUCCUGUAAGCAUUAAUGUGUCAAUUUGGGAACAUACUUAAAAGCAGCACGGUCACUCUCCGUCCCACCCACCAGAAAAAGGCAAUCCAGUAAAGAGAUACAGAAACAAAAUAAGGACUACUUUGUCUCUGUAUACUACUCCGCCUGACUUAAGUAGGCUCUGGGUGGAGCUACACUGUCAAUCUCGACAGUCAUGAGGUCUGCAGGGAAUUGGCUGUCUAUGGAGCAUCCCCCGGGAUCCUGCAUUGACCUCCAUGCUGUACCCUUGCGCACAGCAUGGUCUGCGGUAUCCCUUAUUAUCUUUUGAUAUAAAUUUUUCAGGGGUUAUCACCCACCAUUUAUUCAAAGCCUAACACAAUUUCCCUGACCCAUAAUGUGAACGAGGAAGAGUAACACACACGAAAAAGUAACUAUUCCUCUUUCAGACACAGGGUGGCCUCACAUUCCAUCACACUCUCGCAAUCCAAAUAUUUAGUUGCCAUUCUACAAGCAUGCUGUCCUUCCUGUUCUACUGCUUAUCUUUUCCCUCGCCCUAUUACGCUUCAUUCUGAUUUUACCUUCUCUUACAUGCUGGCUGUCUUUAUGUACACUGGGAUAUGUGGGGAAAAUACAUUUGGUUUUAUCUUCUACACCACCAUUUUCUCAACCCCUACACCAUGGAACACUGUGCUUUGCUUUCCCUUCUUUCUGUUUGUAAUUUUUUUGCCUGUCUUUCUCUGCACAAUUAUUUAGUUCUUUUUCCUCCUUUAUGUCCUUUCGCUGUCCAGCCUUAUCCAUGCGAUUUGUUGUUCUAUCAUACUACUUGGCUUUUUAUUUACCCCUCUCCUCUUUUAGCAUGCUUGUUACCCUUUUAUCUGUGUACAUGUGUCCCCCCAUCUAUCCUAUAUACUCCUUUUAAGUGACAAGAUAGUGAAAGAAACAAACAAACAUUCUGUUUGCUCUCCAAAUACAAAAUGAAAGUAGGGUAAAAACUGCAGUGCGAUCACCAGAGACUGAUGCUCACUGGGGGAAGUUCCAAUGACAUUACUAGGGGAAAUCCACAUUGCAAUACAUUUAGAAUCUCUAGUUUCUCUCUCAUACUGCCUCCAUGUGAUCUGCCCAAGUUUAUUAUGUAAUUUUGCUCCUGUAAAACUAGUUAAACUAUAAAAUCAGGGCAUUUCAGUUUAUAGGUUUCUAUUCUUUAAAAGAACGAAAAUCUACAGACAUACCCGGCAAGCCUGUUACACAACUGGAAACCCCCAGACAUAUCUAUAGAAUGAAAUACCUGAAAGCAGACACUCCAUCUUUGACACAUUGGGGGACCAAUAAACAUGGUUCACAGAAGGAAGAACAGAAGAUAUACAAUGUAUAAAGGAUAAAGAAAUUACAAACUGUAAAGGGUACAAGCAAACAAAAAACUGCCCUUAUCAUAAUGAAUUAAAGAAAAUAAACUACAUCAUGCAGACAUUCUAAAAGGUCUGUUAAAAAAAUAAUAAUACUUAUGGUAAAAUUACAGUAUUUUGGAAUUCAGUUCUGUCCUCCAAAUUAUCUAGUUUGUCAGUUCCCAAACUUGUGGUAUUAGACACCAUUGAACACACUGCUCUAGGUCUGUGUUAAAAAGCUACAAGCUAACAGAUAAAGUUAACAAAUACCAUGAAUCAGAACUGGCCAGCCAAACAUUAUAUAAACCCUCACUAAGCAUGCGAUGUGCAAUUUGCCCUGCAUUCCUUAAGGGACACUUCAAGACAGAGACAGGCAACACACAUUUUUUUGUUACAAUGAAUGAAUGGAAGUGAGGACAUAAAUAAAAUAUAUAUAAAAAAAAAAAAAAAAAAAAAAAAAAAAAAAAAAAAAAAAAAACACACACACUUGGCUGGGAUUCCCAGGCUAUUCACAUUACAAGAUAAAAAACACGAUUGGUCCACAAUGAAAAAACAAAACAAAAAACACAGAUGACCUUAAUAGUAACUAAUGAGAUCUAAGGCAAAAAAAAGUUUUUUUUACAGUAAGAACAAUAAGGAUAUGGAAUUCUCUGCCUGAAGUGGUGGUUUUGUCAGAGUCCAUACAAAUGUUUAACCCCUUAAGACCGGAGGGCGUACUAUUAUGCCCUAUUUUAGGCGGCUCUAAACGCUGCCGGGCGCAAUAGUACGCCCUCCGGUCUUUUCUUACUUACCCGGUCGCCGGCGGUCCCACGCCGGCGAUCGCGGAUGGGGGGACUCCCAGGGAGCCCCCCGCGGCGCGUCCGACCCCCUCACAAUCACAUGGCCAGGUUAGCUGCCUGCUGCAUUGCCAGCAGGGGGACUGCCUGUAAUGACAGGUGGUCCCCCUGCUGGCUGGAAAUAAAAAUAAAAAAAGUUAAAUAAGUGUAAAAAUAAAAAAAUUAUAUACACACACAUAUAUAUAUAUAUAUAUAUAUAUAUAUACACAUACACACACACACACACACACACACAUAUACAUAUACACACAUAUACACACAUGGCUACUAUGGCUACUAAAAAAAGACUGGACUUACCCCAUUUGCAAUACCUUGGGUUGUCUACUAUUGCAAAUGGUAUGCCAUUAUGGGUGUAAAUUUCAUUCCUGGGCUACUAUAAAGUCCCAAAGGCAACGUAACCAAUCUGGCAAAUUUCAAUUUCAAAUGUAAUGUGCUAUAUUUGACCCUGUAACUUCCCAAAACGCCAUAAAACCUGUACAUAGGGGGUACUGUUUUACCCGUGAUACUUUGCUGAAUACAAAUACGUGUAUUUUAUUGCAGUAAAAGCAAACAGUAUUAUGACAUUGACCGUUAAAAUGUCAUGUAGAACUAAAAAAAAUAAAAAUCUUAUUUUCUCCCAUUUUUUUCAUAUUAAAUUACGUUUCAUAGCUAAAUAUUUGAUAUUAAAUGAAAGCCCUGUUUCCCCUGAAUAAAAUUAUAUAUAAUAAGGGUGGGUGUAUUUAAUAUGAAAGAGGUGUAUUACGGUUGGACAGACAUGUAGCGCAAAUGCCAGGUUUUGUUUAAAUUUUGUUUCGUUCACAAUGUGUACAUUUGACUCCGUCCUUAAGGGGUUAAACUGAAAUUGGAUAAAUACUUACAAAAACAUAACAUACAGGGAUAUAAUUUCUAAUUAGUGGUGUAAUAGCUGCUUGAUCCAAGGAGACAUCUGACUGCUAUUUUGGGGUCAAGAAGGAAUUUUUUCCUAGUUUGUGGCAAAAUUGGAAGCACUUCAGACCAGGUUUUUUUAGCCUUCUUUUGGAUCAACAGCAACAACAUUUGUGAGGAAGGCUGAACUUGAUGGACGCAAGUCUCUUUUCAGCUAUGUAACUAUGUAACAUUGCGUGCGAGUGUGAAGCAGUGUUCAACACAGUGUAAAGGUACUUUUCAGAAGGACUUAGAAAUUAAGGUACUUCACAUCAAGAGAUUAGAAGAAAUCGUUUUGCUGUAUCAUUACAGGCAGCUGCUUAGAUAAUCUGAAGUAAGAAAUACAAUUGACCUGCAGAAAGCCAACAACGAAAUCACAUUACAAUGCACCAGAAGUUGCUAUGUAAUAUCACAAGCUAGGCAUUCUAUUUUCUGGUAUACAACAUACCGAUCUGUACACUAUCCUAUGUGUUCAGGUGAAUAAAGGACAAACUGUGCAAACUGUGUAUGUGCAAACCACUUUCCAUUCAUUCCUAAGGGGAAGCACAUGCUCUUUAGUACUCCAGAAAUUGACUGAAAUAUACCAGCCCUAACCUGGUGGAAGAGGACGUCAGUGGAGUAGGAGGAAAACCUGAAACUUCGCCUUCAGAAGGACGCAUUCAGAGACAAUUAUUAUAAAAACGUAGACACACUCCUUAAAAUAAAAUCAAAGUCUACUUGCACUUGGGAGAGAUUAAUUCUUAGCCACAGCCGCACAAUGCAUGUAGGCUUUAUGGGGCAAGGCAGCCUGUAGAGGCAUUCUUGUUCCUAGAGAGACUGCAUCUAUUCUUAGGUGUGGCUCUGCUUGUUCUAAUUAGCCAAUCUUCCUCACAACUUACACUAAAACAAGGUAGGCCAUCAUAUUAAAACAUAAUGCAUUAUCAUACUCGAUACAAGGUUUACAGGACAAUAUAGUAUUUAACCAGUAAGGACAUAGCUUUGUCUUGCUGCAAGUUUCAUCCUGCCACAGACAUGGGUUAGUUAAAAACAUAUUGCUCAUGUGCAGUCUUAAUACCAAUUAUUAAUCCUAGGUAAUAAUACAGGACUUGCAAAUUGGAAACCUGUAUGUAUGCCACAUAGAUACUCAUACAUUAAAUGGUUCCGGGGAGAUCCCUGGCAUGAUAUGCAGAUUGUGUGUGCUAACUUAGGGGUAAAGCAUCAAUGAUCUGUAGAAGCAACAGAAAUCUACAGAGUUAUUUGCAACUUACAAGUCUUGGUAUUUUACAGUAGAACGCUGGCCUCCUUUGCUUCUUAAUCAGAAAAGGAUACAAAUUAUGACAGGGACAGCAGCAGCAACUUUUCCUAUUUCUUCAUCCGUCUGCAUAAUCUUCUUAAUCCUUGCCUUCAGAGAGAGAAAAAACAAAAACUUUUUGUAGUGAAACAUUACAGAAAUAAAAAAAAAAAAAAAGUGUUUACGCCACUCUAUUACUUCAACUUUAUGCCACUUGCGGUGCUUUUCACCCCUCAUGGUCAAUUCACAUUUCAUGUUGCCAUCACAAUCUGGUCCUUCGAGCAUCUGUACCAAAGUAUGUCGUUAUUUAUCAACAGUAGCUCUACAUAGCCCUGCUGUCAUUACGUCUGUGUAACAUUGCAUUGUUAUAUAGAAUGCAUUAGGAUCUGAAUUAUACUGUCAUUCGUCUCCACUCAUAAUGGUUCUCCUUUACAAGCGAAGCAGUUAUAAAAUAAUCUAUUCAUUUGUUACACAUUUUACACGAUGGUGUAAUAAAAAAGUGCAAGAGUGAAUGAGCCCUUUGACUUUCAAUAAUAUACCCAUACCUAUUAUUAUUAGCUUCAUUUUCUAAAGUGCUCUGUGUAAGUGUGAUAUACCAGAACAAGCUAAAUAAAAAAUAUAUAUCAGGCCUUCACAAAAUAAAAUAAAAGUUUAUGUGAAAGACCAACAGCAACUGCAUAGUAAGUAUGGUAGAGUGGAACAAAUUUGGGCAGCCAGUAGGAUACAAAGCCCACACCUUUUCUCAGACUUUGGGUGCAUUCAACUUUUUUAUCAAAAGCUAGACAUAUCCACUUCCACAAUGAAGCAGCCAUGGAAUGUGGCAUUCUUUUCACAACAAAAGCACUCUGGUGUAAUUGGCCAAUUUGAAUUGCCACAAUCACUCCAAACUAAAUAUAAUUUAAACAUAAAUCAAAAAUGUUAUUUUCACAUGCUAAUUUAGAGCAGAUACAAAAAAAAAAAAAAAAUGAAAAUUAAAAAUAUAUCUCUAUCUCUCUAUAAAGAUACAUACUUUUCCCAAGGUACCCCCCCUUCAAUUUAUUAUUUCCUUAGAGCUCUUGCCAUAUAAGGUCCACCAACAUACAGAUAUUAAGAAGUAUUAUCAUUCUAAGAUAUUUAUAUAUAUUUUAUGAUUACGACAAAGUGUCUGGUUUUGCAGGUAAUUUCAUCCGUACCCUGCGCAAUCUAGGCAAAUCUUUACUGGCUUUAACCCCUUAAGGACCAAACGUCUGGAAUAAAAGGGAAUCAUGACAUGUCACACGUCAUGUGUCCUUAAGGGGUUAAUAUUGCUCGUAGAGGACUAUGAUUAUGUAUUGUACUAUAAACGCAAUCAAUCAAAAAGCCAAGCUUUUCCUAUUGGAUUAGCUGGGCCACAGUUAUACUCGUUACACAAGGUCUACAGAUUUGACUGAAGGUCUGUCUACCCAUCCUACUAAUUUGGGAAUGAAAACACCUAAAUACUACCAAUCAAUUUUUAAAUAAAGUUAUUCCCCCUUCUAUAGUUCAGCUUUACAUGUAUGUAGAAGUGAAAAUCUGUUAAAGGGACACUAUAGUCACCAGUGCAACUACAUGUAUUCCUGACCCUAUCGUGUUAAUCUAGGCCCCCUGGGCCCCUCAUGCCUCCAUAAAUAUAGUAAAAACUUACUGUAUUCAAGCCAGAAGCUGUAAAUCUGCAGGCUGUUAGGCUCAGGAAAAACAAGCAGUCUGCUGACAUGUGACAGCCUGAUCCAGUCACAGUGCUUCCCCAUAGGAUUGUCUGAGACUGAUAAGGAGGCAGAUCAGGGGCAGAGCCAGCAUGAUUCAAACACAGCCUUGGCCAAUCAGCAUCUCCUCAUAGAGAUGAAUUGAAUCAAUGAAUCUCUAUGAGGAAAGUUCAGUGUCUGCAUACAUUGGGAGGAGAUACUGAAUCACAGGAUGCUCCAUCAACUCAGAAGUCCCUCUGGUUCACUGUGAGUGACUGCAACUGGAGGUGUUCCUAGCUUUCAAUGUAAACAAUGUAUUUUCUCAGAAAAUACAGUGUUUACAUGAGAAAGGCUGCAGGGAGCUAUAGUUCUUACCUGAACAACCUCAUUAAGCUGAAGUUGUUCAGGUGACUAUAGUGUCCCUUUAAGAUCUUUUGCAUCGGUAAACUACUGAUUGCCUCAUUCUUUAUGUUUUUAAGCUAAAAUUCCAUACAAUAGUUAUUUGAUUAUUUUAUUUGCGAAACAAUGGGAAACAAAGUGUCACUUCCUUCUGAGCCAAAGACUGGAUCUACCCCAUUAAUGCAUCAAGGGAAUAACCAAGUGUCUCAUUUUGAAGCUUGCCAUUAAAUGGCUUGCCAGUGGAUAUUUAACUCCCAGUAGAUUACACAAGAUUUACAAAAAUGAUAUGUGGAGCUCAAGGUGUGUUGUUGCAUAUAUGGAUUUCUUGUUCUAAAAUUCAACUAUUUGGCAACAAGUAGUUUGUCUAUUUUCUUCCCUUGUUGUUCCUCGUCUCCCAUUUAUUCCAUUCACCAGCCUACUGAUAUUGUUUCCACAAUCCUUUCCUAUUCAAUAUAGACCACUGGUCUCAUUGAGUUUUUAUUUAGCUGUAAGGAUUCUAAUGUGUUUUUUUUUUCAGUAGAUAAAAAAGGAAGAAGAUAAUAUAUAUAUCCUUGAUUGAACAGAAUCAAAUGACCAGGUUGCCAAUUUCAGCAGGUUGAUGGAAAAACAAUAUAUCCAACUUGUUUUAUAUAAUUUAUUGCUUUAAUAACAGCGGAGUAAGUAUACACUUGCUACUCUAUUUUUACAGAUAUAUUAGCAUACAAAUCACAGGAGAGUUAAAGCGGUGACCAGCAUUUAGAGGUUUGACUACCAUCACAUAGAACAUAUAUCAAUAUCAAAGAUGACAAGUUGUGAAGACAUUGAACUUUGUUCACAAUGCUGAGAAAAAAGCCAUCCACGGCUGCCAUAUUUUGUCAAAUACAAUUCUCCCAGGCAAAGACUGUAUAUAUAUAUAUAUAUAUAUAUAUAUAUAUAAAUAAAUAAACAGUCUUUGCCUGGGAGAAUUGUACUUGACAAAAUUAAUGUGUGUUUGCCCUUUUUAGGUGACCUGCCCCCCUCCAAUCGCAUGGGAAGGAUGUUUUUACUCACCCUUUUUCCCCAUGCAGGGCUGGUGAUGCCGCGGCUGGCCCCACCUCCAUGGCUGAGAUCAGCCAAUCCAAUGCCUACCCAUAGAAAAACAUUGGGAAACUACUGCGCAUGUGAGGCAAAACGCCAUGCUACGCAAUCAACUUCUCCUCAUAGAGAUGCAUUGAAUCAAUGCAUCCCUAAGGGGAGCAUUGAUGUGUGUAGCACUGACCCGGAAAGCACUUCUAGAGGCAGUCUGAGUGACUGUCACUCAUGUAAGCACUGCGUUUAGUCUGAAAAGUCAGUGUUUAAAUUGAAAAGUGUGCAGUAUAUAGAUUUCAGAACACCUAAAUUAAGCUGUAGUUGUUCUGGUGACUAUAGAGCCCCUUUCAGAAUUGUAUUUUUGACAAAAAUCUGGCUCCUAACUUUUUUUAGCUGGUUCUUAGAUUUCAAGCAGAUUUGUCAAAUCCGGUUAUAAACCCGUUUGUUUAUUAGCUUAGCCUUUUCUGGUGUGUGAUCUUAUCAAUCUAACAAACUGCCAACAUUAACAAAUCAUGUAGGCCAUUUAUUAACCUUUUAGAGAUGCAUGGACAGCAAGAAGAACAAUAUCAAAAAUCCAAGUCAAUUGGCAGAUAAAUUACCAGUUUCAAAAGGUACAUGUUUUAUGGCAAUAUGUAUGGUAGAAGGUAACAAAGCAAUGUCUAUUAACUUACUUACAAAUUGUAACCCUUGAACAUCACAUGAUACAAAUUUAAAUGGAACACUGUAGGCACACAGACCACUUCAGCUCAUUGACGAGGUCUGGUGCAAACUCCCAUCACCCUUAACCCUGAGCAUGUAAUUAUUGCAGUUUUUAUAAACUGCAAUAAUUACCUGCUAGGGUUAACUCCUCCUGUAGUGGUUGUCUACCAUUGCCGCACAUGCGAAGUAGAUCUCCAUAGCAGGCGGUGGUGGAGGAGCGUGAGCUGAGCGAGCACUGAGGGACAUUGGCGCUGGACCUAGGUAAGUGACAGAAGGGGUUAUAACUCCCUUGUGCACCACGGGAGUGGGCCUUGACAGAAGGGGAAGCUAUAGUGCCAGGAAAACAUUUGUUUUCUUGGCACUAUAGUUUCCCUUUAAUCAAGUAAAGGGACAGUGGUAGCAACAAUAUAGCUCAAAUGGUUCAUGAAGCAAAAACAAAACCGUAGAAACAAGAUCAUACAAACCCUAAAAUGUGAGCACAAAAAUAUUGUUAACCAAGUCCCAUAUAUCAAUUACUUAAAGGGAUUCUAUAGUGUGAGGAAUACAAAGUUGUAUUAUUUACACUAUAGAGACCCCUGGGACCCCCCUACUUCCCCCUUCCCCACAACUCUCCCCAUCCCUACUCAAACAGGGUAAAAAAAACCACCUUUGCUCACUUAUGGAUUCCAGCACUGAUUUCUUUUGCUGCUCCACCUCCUCUGACAUCAUCCAACCAGGGAGGGGCAGGGGGCUAAUGUGCAUGUGCGGCGAGCACUUCCUAUAGGAAAGCAUUGAUUAAAUGCUUUCCUAUGGUGAUUUUACUGACAAUGUAGGUCCUCAUGCUAAGCGUAACGAAGUCCAGCGCCAGUUAGGCGACCAAAAGGCGGUUAGCCACUAGGAAGUGUCUCUAGAGGCAUUCUUAGUCCUGCAAUGUAAUUAUUACAUUGAUUUACAUUGCAGGACUAAGUAGGACAGGGACAGUGCACCCAGACUAUAGAGUCAUGAAUACAAACAAGUUGUUACAAAUACAAGUUUGUAACUGUGUUGUUAAUAACUGUAAUUUGUUCCUUACAAGAUUCAUUUUAUAACCUCUAAAAAAAAAUUAAAAUCGUAGACAUACAGAGCAUUUUCGCAGUCAGGACUAAUUAGUAAACCUAAUUUGCAUUCCUAAUACUUUAGCUUAUCUGUCCCUAGGUCUGGUGGUCCCUUAAUUCCUGCUGUUCAGCAUAAAAAGAUUUUAAAAAUAGUAUUUUUAAUUUAUUUUUUUUAACACUAAUAACUCCCUCGGUGCUACUUACCCUUAUCCAUCCCCCUCCAGAGUCUUUUGAAUCCAAUGUUCCUCAUAGAGGAGCCUUAGGGACUAGAUGAAUGGAGAGUGAACAUGCAUCAAAUUUACCCACGGGAAAGCACUGAAUCAAUGCUUUCCUAUUUGUGCUGCAGUUAUGUGACUGAAUUUUACUCUAUUACUACAGCAGGAAGCACAUCAAGUUGUUGUCAUACUUACAGCCACUGCUGGUGUGUUUCUCCCUGAAAUGUAAACAUUGCAGUUUCUAAAUAAACUGCAAUUUUUACAUUGCAAGGUUAAACCCUAAAAGGACCACAACACCCAGACCACUUCAUUGAGAUAAAGUGGCCCUUAAAAGUGUCAAAUUCUAAAACGUUGUACAAUGACAUAAUGUUGAUUUUCAACCAUCAUACACAACAAAACAAAAAAAGCAACUAUGGUUUCAAUUAUAAUCAAAUUAGCAUAGAGGUAAUAAGCAUCAGAUACACCAGUGUAGUCUACAUCUGACCAGGGAAAUUAUAUAGUUUGGGUCAUAAGAUGCAAUUCCCUGUUCAAAUACCAAAAAAGUCCACUCACCAUACUCUGUGAGUGCCCCUUAAAAAGUUUUCAUUAGAAUGUCCUGAAGCUAUAGCUUUAGGUUUUUUUCCCCUAACAAGCUAAUUUUCCAGCAUGGAUAGUUUAGUCUAAAUGAACAUUCUGCAUAAAUCACUGGUUAGCGAAUGAACACUAAAAUAAGUUUUUCAGCUAAAUAGGACAAGAAAAAUGUUGUGAAUUAUAUCUUUGUAAUGUCUUGCUUGUUGCAGGUCAGGUAUGAAGAUAAGGUAAAGAAAAGCGAAUUGCAAAGUUAGGCUAAAAUAGAACACAACUAAUUUAAAAAAAAAUCCCCAAAUCAACUAUUAUUAUUAUUAUUGCCUAAAUUGUGCAAUUAUUUCACAGUUUACUACUAUUCGCAAUUUUGUGAAUAAAACCCUAAAUACUAAACCACACUCAAUGACUAUCUUGUUAAAGACGAUUUAUCACUAGGAAGACUUUCCUAAUGGGGUGUACUAUAUUGUUAAAUGCAGAUAAGGAAUUAUAGGUCCUCUGCAAAUAAUAAUAAUAAUAAUAAUAAUAAUAAUAAUGGCAGUAAUGUUCUUUAAAGCAAUUAACGGCCAAAAGGUUAAAGUAUUUGUAAAGUGAGUAAAACUAGAUGUGGGAAGGGAAGCCUGAUCAUGGGAUCCUUGUUGGAUCAUUUCUGGGGUAGAGCUUUUAGGAAAGUCCGAGGAUGCAAAUGGAGAACGUACAACCUGUCUAGGCCGCAAACUCACCGGCGGAAAUCGGGCGUUGUAUUUCUUUUUCUUGCUAGGCAUCGUCAAUCGAAGGGGAAUACACUCACAGUGAGAGAUUGCAGGAAACAAGAGCGAUCCAAAGACCACCGCCGCCGGGAGACUGUCACUGGGUGUUCACCGGGCUUUGCUUAAUAAAGUUCUUGCAAUUGAAAAGGAAAAAAAAAAAACUAAACAACCUUACAGAUCAGGCGGUUUGGGUGAACGUACAACGAACAAUAAAGUUUAUUGAAACAGGUCUUUCCCACACGCAUUGAUGGCUGCUCAUAUAUUCUUUUGAACUUUUAACGUGUCAUUUUCAUCCUCCUCACCUUAGUUUGCACUUCCGAGUCGUUCAGUUACUUUUCCUUAUACCUUAAAUGCUCUUUGUCCAUUUUUGUGUUGCUAGUAAAGUAAAUUACAAGGGGGGGGGAUUGGGAAAAUACACACCAAAACUCCUCCCACUCCCAGGAUGGGCAGAGUGGCUGCGGUCACCAUGGCAACCAGGCCUAGAACCGGAAGCGCAAGCGCCGAGCCUGGUAACCACCGAGCCUGCCAUCCAGUAAGAAAACAGCAAGCUUCCUUCAGUGCAGCUUGGAGCCGCUUCCCUGACUAGCAUUCAUCUAUACCUGCACUGCAAGCGGUGCCCUCUCACAUUCUCUUCAUUUAUUCUCCGUAGACUCAUUCCUUCCAUCAAUAUACUUCACGGCACCUUUCUCCUGCACCUUCUAAUCUGUUGAACUGUUACAUAUUUAAAUAGAGUGAGCAGAGUCAUCUAGCAGGGGUAAAGACACGCUGAUACAUAGUACACUUUACCAAAAAAAAAGAGAAGGGGUUUAACCAUAGAGUUCACUUAGCUACACUCUGCUACUAAAGGAUAGAGGGCGAUGCUAUUGGUUGGAGAGAGAGAGAGUAAGGGGGUUGGUUGAUUUAUUAUUAUUAUGAUAUUUAUAGAGCACCAUCAAAUUCCGCAGCACUUUACAAUGGGUGGACGAACAGACAUGUAGUUGUAACCAGACAAGUUGGACACACAGGAACAGAGGGGUUGAGGGCCCGGCUCAAUUAACUUACAUGCUAGAGAGAGUGGGGUAAAAUGACACAAAAAGGUAAGGAUAGUAUUAGACUAGUGACAAUUGCAGAAGAGGAAUGUUAGACAUGAAAAUGCAUUUUUUUGUUAUUGGUGCAGAGCUGACCGUUUCCAGUCUGCUCCAAUUCUAGACAGUAAGUGCAAAUCUCCUUCAACACCUACACUGUAUUUUCAACACUUACAUUGUACAAAAGUAUUGGGACCCCUGACCAUUACACCAACAGGGACCUUUAUGGCGCCACAUUCUUAAUACAUCGACAUUAAUAUGUGGUUAAAAGAGUAAAAACAGGUUGUGCUAAAAUGUAUAAUAGAAAGACAAAGUAAAAGCAGCAAAUAGCUUUGGUAAAAAAAACAUGGUAUAAAAACAUAAACCAAAGUGUAUAUUUGGGAACUUCUGUUGUGUUCUACUACCCUUUGUGUGGUAUUUAUUCCAUACCCAUAUAUAAAGACUUUAUAUUGUUUACAUAUUUUAGAUUCUCACUUUUUAGUUUCUGUGUUUCUAUCUUAUGUUUUAACACAUUGGCUAUUUGCCAUUUUUACUUUUUGUUACUAUUAUACAUUUUGGUGCCACUUGUUUUUAAUCUGUUAACUUUUAUCAUUUUAAUAUUUUAUGUGGUUUUAAGGGGGGAGAAAGCCCCCUUACUUUCAGCUGUGCAGCGUUUUUUUCUGUCUGCUUAUUUCAUGCUGACCCUGUGUUUUUCAUCAACAUGUAGUUACAUCUCCCUCCUUUGCAGUUAUAACAGCUUCUCACUCUUCUGGGAAGGCUUUUUAGAAUUGUGGAGUAUUUCUGUGGGGUUGCCAAACCGAGAAGUGUGUUUUUGUCAUCCUUUAGAACAUGUUUCCAGAGUCCAGUGGCUAUGUACUUUACACCACAUGUACUGACGCUUGGCAUUGUACUUGGUGUUGUGAGGCUUGCAUGCAGCUGUUCGGCCUUGGAAACCUAUUCAAUGAAGCUCCUGCCGCACAGUUUUUGUGCUGAUAGUAAUGCCAGUGGAAGUUUAGAACUCUUCAGCUAUGGAAUCAGCAGAGCAUUGGUGACUUUUAUGCAUCACAUGCCUCAGCACUUGGUGACCCCAUUCUGUAUCUUUACGUGGUCUUCCUUUGAGUUGCUGCUAUUCCUAAAUGCUUUCACUUUCCCAUAAUUUCACUAAUAGUUGACUGUCAAAUAUCUAGCAGGAUUGAAAUUUCACAAACUGACUUUUUACAAAGGUGUUACAUAGGUUACUAGGUGCUUGAUUAUCGUUACUUGAGUUUCCUAAUUUAUACAUUUUCCACAUAAAAACUCUUGUAAUGAACCAUAUUCAAACAAGAUUUGCUUUCUUGGUCUCUAAACGAGGCCUUUUUAGUAUAUUGUUUCUUUACUGCUGGCCAACUAAGUCAAUGCCUCACAGAGGUUUUCAUCCUUGCUCUAUGAAACAUUGCCUUACAUUUUUGUUUGUCCAUGGCCCCAUUAGCAGUGACUCCCCAGAUGUCAAACUUUUGCAGUAGGGAUCGACCGAUUAUCGUUCUGGCUGAUAUUCGGUAUUUUUGGCAAUAUCGGUAUCGGCCAAUAACGAUACUGAUAUUGCUGAUCAGGACCGUCGGGCCCAUGACAAGCCCGCCGGUCCUGGGGGGCACAGCAAGCUCUUACUUACCUUUCCAGCAGCUCCCCUCAGCUCCCCUGUCUAACUCUUGUGGCCUGUGUGCCGCGUGGACCACCAGGGAAUACAGUCCAUGCCACCGGACCACCAGGGAAUACCAUAUCCCCCCUCCCUGGCAAGGUAACAAGUAGGGAGGGGGGACUAAAACAAUCAACUUUUUUUUAAAAUAUUUUUUUAUAAUAAUAUAAAUAAAAAUGCCCCCCCAACCCCAUUUUACACACAUUACAUACCUACACAAACACACACUCACUCUGCAUUAUACACUCACACUCUGCAUUAUAUACACAAACUACACAAACACACACACACUUUGCAUUAUAUAUACACACACUUUGCAUUAUAUAUAUAUACACACACACUCUGCAUUUUAUAUAUAUAUAUAUAUAUAUAUACACACACACACACUGCAUUCAUUAUAUACACGCACUACACAAACCCACACACUGCAUUCAUUAUAUACACACACACUACACAAACACACCCACUCUGCAUUCAUUAUAUACACACUAUACACACAUUCUGCAUUCAUUAUAUACACACUACUCACUACACGUACACACUACAUACACACUGCAUUCGCUAUACACUCACUACACAAACACACACUACACAAACACACACUGCAUCCAUUACACACACAUAUAUAUUCUUGAAAACAUUACAAAUUUUGACUAGCAUGUAUAUUUUGUGCAUUUACCUUAAUAAAAAAAAAAAAUAAUAAACAUGUUCAGUUAACAGUAGAUUUGUGUAGAUAUAGUUUAUUAUUUUAAAAUGGUAAAUGUACAGAAUAUCGGUAAGUUAUUGGUUAUCGGCCUGAAAGUUCACAGAUUAUCGGUAUCGGCUCAAAAAAAUCAAUAUCGGUCAUUCCCUACUUUGCAGCAACAGCAAGGCCUUUCUAGGCAUGCCUGCUCUUGACUAUAAUAACCCUACAGAUAUCAUUCCUGCUUCCUCAAAAGUAUGCCUACCCUCAGUUUUAACCAUCAACCCUACAAAGCAGUUCCUUUACAUGGAUGGCAACCCCACACUGAGACACAAAUGUAAUUUCUGCCAUGUGUCAACUAUUGGUAUCUGAAGCAGUGCCCCUCCUGGGAUAUUAUUUGCCCAGUCAAGCAAUACUUAUAUAGGGAGGUCAACCCUUCACCCCCAUAUUAGUCUUUUCACAAGAAUGUUAGCUCUUAACCCUCAAUAUUUGUGUUGGAGGCUGGAUACUACAGUAGUGAGGCUGAGAGUUACAGUGUUACUGAGCACUGUGCAACUGUACUUUGCAAUUUAAGUGAGGAGAAGCUAAUAGAGGGACUGUCAGAGAUUAAAGACAUUAGAUAAAUACAUCCAAAAGAGUUGUUCAUAGUAGAUUAGAGUAGGAAUAAACAGUAGAGAAAUAGGCCAGUUACAGCAGUACUUAUACAAGUGCAUAAAUUGCAUGUAAAUUAGCAUUUCUAUUUCAUCUGGCAUUAGCAAUGGUUAAUUCAUAAACAUGGUAAAAAGUGGGAAGGAAGAGCGACUUUGUAGAAAGACAAGUAUAUGCUCUUUUUAGGCGUUCCUUUUCAGCAUAGUAAUCAUGGUGUUGAUUUAAUUCACCUAAAAAGCUAUUUUUAGAGGAAUGGAAUAUUGACAAAACCAUAUGUGUGCAAAGAAAAUUCCCAAUAUUCUGUAGCCUUCAAACGUGCGCCAUGUUUUGCCUUGUUUACUAAACCUGUUGAAUGUAUAGGAAGGUUUGAAGGACAGCACAAAAUCAAAUGCAACAUGGAAGCAAUGAAUGUUGGUGAGAUUGUAGUGUUGAUUUUUUUUUUUAAGGUGUUAAGUUUAAAAGUGGAAAUAGAUCACAGAUUCUCUUUUUUAGAUAAUGUGAGUUCAUUAGUUUAUCACCGAAGAGUUAUGGAAUAGACAAUAGAAGAGGAAGUGUGAGUUCUGAGAAAAAGAGCUACUUUAAAGUUCCGCUAGCAUUCAAUUCCAAAGUAGCCUGUUUAUAUGCCAAGACAGGUAGUGUAGAUAAGGAAAAACAGCAGGCCUAGUUUCUUCAGCUACCCCAUAGAGUGCUUGUGGAAAUGUUUGAAUGCCAGAUAUGCUAAGAAUUCCUUUUGAGACAAACAAUUUAUGGGAGCACUGUCAUUUAGCAGUGUGUUAAUUCUUUAAUUGUGCCUCUAUUUCCCCAUGUUUUUAUUUAUUCCUUUUUUUUUUUUUUUUUGAAUCUCUGUGUUCUUUGGACUUCAUUUCUUAGGUAGAGCAAAAUAUUUGGCAAUGAGGGCACAUAACGCAAACCUCUCAAGUGUCCCUAUUGUGUACCAAAACCCUCUGUCACUCUUUUCCAGGAGCCCCAACAGAGCUCCACAGCAAUAAUACUCACAGUAACGUGUAUUUUAACUACAAUAAAUGUGUUUAGAAAUUAGUCUGUGUAAUUAAGAUGCAUUGUUCUUCUAAAUUACAUUUUAGUUACAUAUUACAUAGUUACAUAAAUGGUUACUAGUAAGUCACCUGAAAUUUGUGGCGGAACCACCGCUUGUUCGGGUGCUUUCUACUUAUACUGUGUGUUUUUCCCUUGCCCUUCAUAUAUUGUACCCGCUCCCCAUUCGGGAGCACUCCUACGAAAGGAACUCCUUCGUCUCCCCUACAGGGACCACCCCGAUAUCCCAUUUAGAACGCUAGUUAGAACAUUUAAGUAGAACGUUCUCACCUCUGACAUAGUUGCGAAACCGCAAGGGAGGCAAUUAAUGAGUUCUCCCCUGGGUGGCCGCCAUUUCGCAUAGAUGAAUGCCCGCCAGGGGGUGCAUUCGUGGAUUGUUUCCCGACUUGUUCAUCUCCCGAACGAGGACCACCCCAGUGCCACAUUAGAACGCUCCCGCCAAUUAAUUAGAACGUUCGCACUCGCAACAUAAGUGUGAAACCACAACGUUCGCAGUGGCAAAAUAGUGUGAAACCCCGUGCCCCGAAAGGAGACGCUUCCCUUGCAGGUUUCAGCAUGGAAUCUUGCGAACUGAAGAUUUCUCGGAGAAUGUGCCAGUGUGAGGGUGCCUGAGGUGGGUGGGGCACUGGCUAGUUUGGCGGGCUAUUCUGUGCCUGGGAGACAAAGGAAUGCUCUCUUUUCCCGCGCCUUGGCUCCCAAGCACAGAGGUUCAUGGGAUGAAGGCCCCAAGCAUAGAGGAUUCUGGGAUAACACCUGUUUAUGGGCAUUGAAGACCCCUUGCAUGGGGCUAUGCAUAAAAGCCGUGUGUGGCAAUAAAAUUGUGUUGUACCUCCAGAGCUGUGUGUCAUCCAGUUCCUGAGAGGAAAUGGGUCUCUUUAUAUUCUAAAGUAGUUCCUGAACGGCUGAAGGAAGCUAUCAGCGGAGGUAACUGGUCGGGUUACCCAUGGUCCGCUACAGCAGUGUUUACAUUACAGCCUAAGGUCACCUCCAUUGGCCACUUCUGGCAUUCAGUGUCUCCACCCUCUGCAUGUAGACACUGAACAUUCCUUAUAGAGAUGCAUUGAUUCAGUGCAUCUCUUUGAGGAGAUGCUGAUUGGCCAUGGGGACAUUUGGCUCUGCCCCUGGCUCGCCUUCUUGGCAAUCUCAGCCAAUCCAAUGCUUUCCUAUGGAAAAUCAUUGUGAUUGGCUGAGAACAUAACUUCUGAUGUCAGCCAAGGAGGGAGAGCCAGACCCAGCAGACUGGCAUAAAGGUAAGAUUGAACUAUAUUUAGUGGGCAUAGGGAGGCCAGAUAGUGUUUUUAACACUAUAGGGUCAGGAAUAAGUUUCCUUUACAUGCAAUUAAUGCACCUCAUGUAGUACAAUUCUGCCCUAAUUGACAUGUUCCUCUAUCCUUAUUCCCUAUCUGACCUAUUAUAAAUACCUAUUUCUUGUAACUUGUCCUGUAACUGCAGACACUUCCUCAAGCAGACAAAUCUUUUCUAAUGAUGCUGGCAUGCUAGUUUCCCUGCCAGAACCAGUGGUGGCUGGUAAAGUUUGUUUAAAAAUGGUGCUGUGCUAGACUCCACACAUUGAAUAUAACUCAUUCUCUCUGAAAACCCUACCUCUGAUCUAAUUGACUUUUGAAAUGAGAUAUCAAGAUUUAAAAAAAUAUAUUGAUUGUUUAUAUAAACCUUUUAGUUGCAAAGCAAUGUGAGUGGAAACUAACAGAGUUAAAACACAUAAUUGUGUAUUACUUCCUAUGCAGAAACUGCUUAAAGGACCACUAUGGUGCCAGGAAAAGAAAUUCGCCCCCCCCACUUUCAUGGCCCCCCUCCUGCUGGGCUGACUUACCUUUCUCCAGCGCCGGUCUCCCUCAGUGGUGGUGACCUCUCCUCCUCCUGCCGACGUCAGCGCCGAAUGCGCAUCUGUGGCAGGAGCCACGCGCACAUUUAAAGCGCCCAUAGGAAAGCAUUACUCAAUGCUUUCCUAUGGACGUCAGCGUCUUCUCGCUGUGAUAUUCACGGAGACAGCCACUAGAGGCUGGAUUAACUCUUAGUGUAAACGUAGCAGUUUCUCUGAAACUGCUAUGUUUUCAUCUGCAGGGUUAAAACUAGAGGGACCUGGCACCCAGACCACUUCAUUGAGCUGAAGUGGUCUGGGUGCCUAUAGUGGUCCUUUAAGCCUUAUAAGAAUUCAAGGACAUAUUUUCAGCAUGCUGGUGUUGGAUGACCCCCUCUUGCAUCUUCACUCCACAGAAACUCAAUAUGUGAAAUGAAUGUGGUUUAAAGGGACACUAUAGUCAACCAGACCACUUCAGCUCAAUGAAGUGGUCUGGGUGCCAGGUCCCUCAGGUUUUAACCCUUCAGAGAAACUGCCAUGUUUACAUUUGGGGUUAAGCCAGCCUUUAAUGGCUGUCUUCCGGACAGCCACUAGAGGCUCAUCUGCAAUGAUUGAGGCAUAUUGUGCCUCAAUCACGCAAAGCGUCCAUAGGAAAGCAUUGGAAAAUGCUUUCCUACGGACACUUUGCGCGCGCGGCAAUGCCGCGCAUGCGCAUUAGUCUCCUGUGACGUCGGAAGAGGAAGUUGACGUCCGAGGGGGAGUAGAGGUAAGGGAGCCCGGCGCUGGAAUUAGGCGAGCUACUGAAGGGGUUUCAGCGCCACGGGAGGGGGACCCUGAGGGUGGGGACACCCUCAGGGUACUAUAGUGUCAGGAAAACCGAUUUGUUUUCCUGACACUAUAGUGUCCCUUUAAGUAUUAAAAAUUAUUUAUUUUUUUCUUAAUAUAACCCCCCUUUCUGACAACCAUAUUUAAGCACCUUGGGUCAGAAUGUCAGUUAUCCCAGCUAAUGCUCACUGCUUUACAACCAUCUGUUUUCAAAAUCCCGUGACAGAAAAUGCAUCAGAAAGAGCACACGGUUUGGAAAAGCACUGGGUGGUUGCAAAAUAGUGAGCAUUAGUUACGAUAACAGAGCCAACUAUUCUUUGCAUUACUUUUAAAGCUAUACUGAUCACUAUAUUAACUACUUAUUGUAGUGGUUAUGAUGCAAGGAAUCUUCGUGUGCCAUCCUCUCAUUUUAGCAAACCAAUUUUGAGCAGUUUGACACACAAAACAAGGUUUUCCUAGCCCAAAUUCUAGCACUUUUCUUGCCUUUCACAUAAUGUGUUUAAUAAGUUUUAAUUUCUGUGUUAUUUUUUCAAAGCAACCAACCCUUAGAAGGCAAUCAUUUUCUGCGUACAUGGGGCUAAAUUAAAUGUAUUAUUCGAGUUACAGUAGGCUAGAAUUCAGUUCUUUUACUUACAAUGAGCGGUGGGUAAAAGGCAAAGAGAGUCAACAUCCAGACACUCCAACCCCCAUGAUUUUAUUAAGAUAAUUUUGUUAUGGGAGUGGUCCUUAACCCCUUAAGGACACAUGACAUGUGUGACAUGUCAUGAUUCCCUUUUAUUCCAGAAGUUUGGUCCUUAAGGGGUUAAACCACUUAAGGACCAGAUGACAGUCUAUACUGUAAUGUAGUGCAGUUUUUAAGGCCCUUUGACGGCAUAGUCCGUGAUGCAGCAAAACUAUUAGCAGGGGUUAAAUUUCUGCUAGUGCCAAGGAACCAGUGAAGGUUCCCUCUGUCAGCUGGAGCCAUAGUUAGUGGCCUCAGACCUACAGAAAAGCUAUGAGCAGAGCUCAAGGUGAGUGCUGCUUAUAGCCAUUUAAAUUGAUUUAAAUGCCAUGGCUGAGAAAUUGCACCCAGCCAUGAUGUAAAAAUACCAUAGACUCCCCACAGCCAUAUAAUAUCUUCUUCCCCACUGUCAGGGGUACUCCCAGAGUCUUAAAAUACCCUGGUGAGAUUUCCCUUCUCAUGGAUGGUUGUUGGGAUUUGCCAACUGACCAGCACCAAUGUCUGUGUAAUUCUCAAAUGGUUUAACUCCAAAUGUUGCCUUCAUGCCAGAUCUCCAGGUACCCCAGUGCCAUCUGGCUUCUGAAAUAAAAUUUUAGGAAGAGCAGAGUGAAGCUAGGCAAGGGCACUGCGGAUUUGCUUCCGAGGUCAUCUUACACUCUAAGCCAAUCAGUAGCUACGUAUUCAUUAAAAAGUAUGUAUCUGUAAGCAUCUUAGAUAAUAUAAAGGUAUUUGUGUGGUUUCCUGAUGGUACUUCACAAUCUAGAUGCACAUUGAAAAUGUCUAGUUUAGCUACAAAUAUAUGAUUUAGGUAGCUUUUCCUCUUGUUUCAUUCCUCUACAACUUAUACUAUACUAUUGUAUUCAUCAAAGCUAAAGCGAACAUUUAAAUUGGUUCUCAAAUUUGCCUUUCAUAUAAAUACUUACAAAAUUCAUGUCUUUCCAGAAGUGAAGAAAUGACAGACUGUGAAGAAGGCGAGAGGACUAGAUGGUCUAUGGCAGAUGACCUUGCUGCUGCAGCAAUGGCUGCUGACAUGGACCCUUGGAUUAUCUUUGAUGCUCGUAAGACACCUCGAGCAGAGUUUGAGGAAUGGUUGGAAACUUACCGACCCUCCAAGGUCCCCCGUUUUGGAAACCCUCAUGAAGGGUGUGGACCAGUGGGGUGGAUUAACGUGUGUGGCCCUGGCUACGGCCCCGAUGUAAAAUGUGGCAAGGACCUUCAAGAUGCUUGGGACAAGCUUCAAAAUACAGGACGGAAUAUAAACUAUGAGUGUGUUCGAGAACUGGCUCUUAAUUUUGGUGUUACAUCUGGGAAAUGGCUUAUGCAUUUAGAAACGGGAUUCAAAGUAGAUCAUGCCUGGCGUGGUAUAGCUACAGCAGUAGUUGAUGGACACCUUAGUGUUGCCAAAGUUAGCCCCUUUCAGCCAGAUACUAAACAUGUCAUUUGUGUGUAUACUCAGGAUUUCACUGAUGAAGAAAGCAUCAUGCAGACAGAUGCAGUCAUUCGCAGCUCUGGUGUCAAAUGUCUCUUAGCGUACAAGCCAGAUAUCUACACCUAUUUAGGUAUUUACAGAAAAAACCAAUGGAACAUAUGCCCCACCAUCUAUGAAAGUCGAUAUGACCUGGAGUGUAUCCCUCGCCGAUCAAGAGUCACCAAUAAAAUUACUAACCUAGAAGUAACCUAAAAUAAUGCUUCUUUAAAUUAUUACAUUACUUGCCAAUUUGUUUUUUGAUAUUUUGGAUUAUUUUAUUUAUGUUCGCAUAGAAGGUUUGCACUCUAGUGCAAUCUCUACUGUAUACUUUACAUUUGCAUUGCUUCCUAUGCAUAUGUUUAUAAUUAAUUGUAUGUGCAUAUGGGUUCCCCCCCUUUCAUGUGUACGUGAGUGCAUUUGUAAAUAGAAUUGUAUUUCUGUAAUAUAUACAAAAAGAAACCGGUAAAAAAAAUUACUAUUGGACUUUUUAAAGAAAAUUCAGUUGUAGCUUUUCUUUAAUUUCAUUUACUUUUAUCCUAAAGCACAGGCUACUUUCCAAAAAUAUUUAGUAAUUUCUGCCUUGAUUCUGGACAAUCAUUGAACGGACUUAAACAGACACCAUGAAAAUGUUUGUUUUUUGUUGUUGUUUUGGAUCAAAUAAGGGUAAAUGAGUUAAAAUGUUAGACUAUUUGCAUCUGUAUUUUAUAUAUGAUAUGGUCGCACAUUUAACUCAUUUGGUUUGCACUUAUUUACAUCUUUAUUUAUUAGUUAAGUUCUAGAGGUGUAGUUGCCAUAGGCAAAACAGGGUGUCCCAGAAAGGGGCUGUUGGUGUGUCCCAGUGAACCUGAAUAGGGGGUAACCCUUAAUUGACCAAUAGGAGAAAUACAAAAAUGGCCAGAGGAUAUAAAAAACCAACGGACAAAAAAAGGUUUCUUGAAAAUAAUAAAACUAAUAUAG